AUGUUCAGGAACGGAAGCAAAGAGUCCUUGGAGGGUGAGGAAGAGAAUCAGAACUUCCGGAGCUUACGGGACAAGGUGAGCAACCAGGUGAAACCCCAGGAGGAAGCCCUUGGUCCCCAGAUCAAUUCUUUGCGGCCGAGCUCGGCCAGGUAUUCCUUUGCGCGAGCCAGACAUCGUGCUGGUUGGCACUCCACACAGGAGAACACGCCUGGUCCUGGUGCCUAUGAUGUCAAAGACCCGAAUGCUGCAAUCAGUGCCUCCAGAUUCUGUGGCGUCAGCAGUGGUCGACCUGAGUCCGCCAGAAGUGGUCGACCGGACUCUGCAAGAAGUGGUCGACCUGACUCUGCCAGGCGGAUGCCAGAGGCUCCCAGGGAGGAGAUCCCGCAGGAGUUCACAUAUCCGCUUGAAGCCUGGGAAUGUACGACAGCGGCCACGCCAAGGAAAUUCAUGGUCUUUGGCACGGAAUCGCGAGAUGCGCAGGUCUUCGAUAUGGACCUUCUGAAGGAAUGUGCUCAUACAAGGUAUGGGCUCAUUGGGCCUGGGCUGGUGUACAACCCAGAUGACAGGAAAGUCCGACCUUGCUCGGCACGGCAUUCCUUUCCGCGGGGUCGGAACAGUCAGGUUCAAUCAGUUGGCAGCGGAUUCGAAGGGGUGGCUCCUUCCAGCUACCAGCAUGAUAAGGACUCGAUUGCCACCAAGCAGGCGAGUUCCAAAAGAAGGACUGCUCAAGCUUUCUCCUUUGGCAGAGCUUCACGCUUUCCGGCGACCAAACGUGCCGAAGGUGCACGUACCGCUGAGUGUGUCAACGGUGGCUCCAGUUUGGGCAGGCGCACCUUCAAUCGCUUUUUCACAACGGCCAGUUCCGCUGGAUGCAGUUCCCGCCAUAGGAAAGCUGCAACUGCAUUUGCCCAAGCCACUGAAGACCUCGAGGCGAGACAACCCGGCGAUGUCAGCAUCUUCGAUCUGAGCCUUGUGGUCAAAGGAGCGAAGAAAGGUGAUCCGCCACGCAAGAUCUUGUCGAACGUGAGCUGCAGCUUCCCACCAGGGAGGCUGUCUGCAGUCAUGGGGGCCAGUGGCUCAGGCAAGACGUCUGUGCUCACAGCCAUUCGUGGCCUGCAGGCCGCAGGCUCCGAAACCUGUGGUGAGGUGGUUUGCAAUGGCAUGCCGGUGAACAUGGAGCUGAUGAGACACUUGGUGAGCGCAGUGCCACAAGAAGAUGUCUUCUUGGCAGCUCUGACUCCCAGAGAGAUGUUGUCCUUCGCAGCAGAGCUGAGAUUGCCUCAGUCUUGGUCGGAGCGUGACAGGAACAACCGCGUGGAAGAAGUUCUCCACUUGUUGCACAUCGAGAAGUGCGCCGAUACCGCCAUUGGAGAUGAGAAAAUCGGGAUGCGUGGCAUCUCAGGCGGUGAGCGAAGACGCUUGAGCGUUGGCAUGGCAAUUAUUGGUGGUCUGCCACAGGUGCUGCUCUGUGAUGAACCAACCAGUGGUCUGGAUUCGGCUGCAGCAUCAAACAUGGUGGCUGUCCUCAAGUCCCUAGCAGGUCGAGGAGUGACUGUGAUUGCCGCAAUCCACCAGCCCUCAUACUCCGUUUUCAGCGAGUUUGACUUUCUACUGCUGUUGGAGGCCGGGCGCAUCGUCUACAGCGGCAAGGUCUUGGAGGCAGAAGGCUACUUCUACAAGCACGGAUCUGCAACGCCAGACAAGACGAAUCCAGCCCAUCACUAUGUGCAGGUGGUGCAGGAUGAAAGCAGCAAGUGGAUCGAGAACUGGGAGGCGUUCUCCGGCAACUCUGCUGGGAAGAGUCCCAAGAUGGAUGGAGCAGUUGCGCCCAAGGUGAAACACAUGCCAACACUUUGGGAACAAACCAACAUUCUGACACGACGAACAUUGCUGGAGAACUUCAAGAACAAGAAAAAGUUCUACCGUGGCAUCAUGACCCGUUUGCCGCCGUCCAUUAUGAUUGGCUGCAUCUUCUUCAACAUGGCUGCGGUGCGCCACAGCUGUGCCAAACUGUGCAGGAUCCGACGGGGUGGGCCUGGCUGGCCGUGCCUCACGGUGACAGCGAUGGUUCACAAAGGCAGAGCUGGAACAAGGACUUUCCGACACCAGUUUCAAAGAAGAGGUUUGUCCAAGUCUUGCGAACUGGUGGAGAUUGAUGGAAAAGGCUUGGGUGUGGUGGCUGUAGAGACCAUUGCUGCUGGCCAGAGGGUCUUGUUUGAGGAGCCGUUACUGCAGUUUUCCGCGGCAUCAACCUCUUGGAAAACAGAAGUGGAAGAGCAAUUUGCAAGGGCUUCUGAUGAGAUCAAGAACAAGGUCUAUAAAUUGGACGACGCCUUCGACCAGAAGUCUUUGGAAGGCAUCCUCAGGACGAACGCUUUCUCCAGUGAUGAUUCUGAUGAUGUGGUGUUGUGCGAGAUGGUCAGCCGCUUCAACCACUCCUGCAAUUCAAACUGCGAGCAGCACUGGGACAAGGAGAUCCAGCAAAUGAUGGUCUACACCUGUACCGAGAUCUCUGCUGGGAAGGAGCUUUGCGUACGAUACAUCGACACCCGAGGAACCUUCAGCUACCGGCAGUACAUGCUUCAGGAGAAGUUUGGCUUCCAAUGCCGCUGUGACGUUUGCCGGCUUGGAAUGGAUGAGUCCAGUGACAGGAGGCGUAGCAGAAUGGCCACCUUAGCGUAUGAGGUGGAGGAGUCCCAAGAGGUGAGUGAAAAGCUGCAGAUCAUUGAGGAGCUGUUGGCCUUAUAUGAUGAGGAAGGUCUGCACGAUCGGAGCUUUCGUCUGUGGGCCUAUGAGGCUGUAAAAAGUCAGGCUUGCAACAAGACAAAGUCUCUUGAUGCCCCGUUCGACGAGCAAAACAGGCAGAACCCUUUGAUUGAAUCCUUCUACGCAGGAGCUGCAACUUUUCAGCAGACCAAGGGCCUCCUGAAGCGCGAAUACUACGAUGGUGUCUACCAGGUUACGCCCUACUAUUUGGCAUACUACAUUGGCUUUUUGGCCAUGCAAGUCCCAUGGACAUUGGCAUGGGCAACUCCACUCUACUUGCUGGUCGGUAUGCCUAUGGAAUUCUAUCGCUUUGGUGUGUUUGUCAUGACCUCUUUCAUGGUCCUGCUCCUAGCCUGUGCGGCUGGUUCGGCUGUUGGUGCCAAGACACGUGAUGCCGACGGCAACAGAUCUGUGUUGAUGCCACUGAUCAUCCCAUCGACCCUCUUUUCAGGAUAUGUCAUUCCCUACAACCAGAUCCCGUUGGUUUGGAAGCCAUUCUACUAUGGCUCACCCAUCAUGUGGGCUAUGAGUAUUCUCGAGACUAGCUUGUACAAGGGAGCAGUCUUCGAAGACUGCGAUGCGAGCAUCCCUUUCUCCCAACGUCACUGCUGGGCCACUGGAGAUGAGUACUUGAAACAUUCCACCAGUUCUGCAGCGCAACAUUUGGGCGUCUUCGGAAUGUUUGGAGUUUGCUUGAUCUACGUGGCUUUUGGACUUCUUCUUAACAUUCGGAUGAUCCACAAAGCCGUGCUGAAUGGUCAGGUUUGA